CCUGCCGACGAGACACCAGAGGAAGAAGGAGACCUAGCGGGGGUGAACUGGGAGGUGGUGUCCAUCUUAUUUACACCCGUGAGAUCGCUAAAUAUUUGAUCUGCCGGAUUUUACAGCAACAUAAAAGUUGAAAACCGGGUCUUCAGAGAUGAGUAGUUCAGAGGAAGUGUCAUGGAUCUCCUGGUUCUGUGGCCUGAGGGGGAAUGAGUUUUUUUGUGAGGUGGAUGAAGACUAUAUCCAGGACAAGUUCAACCUGACGGGGCUCAAUGAGCAGGUUCCUCACUACCGCCAGGCCCUAGACAUGAUCCUGGACCUUGAACCAGACGAGGAGCUGGAGGACAAUCCCAACCAGAGCGACCUGAUAGAGCAGGCAGCUGAGAUGCUGUACGGCCUCAUCCACGCACGCUACAUCCUCACUAACCGAGGCAUCGCACAGAUGUUGGAGAAAUAUCAGCAGGGAGACUUUGGCUAUUGUCCCCGGGUGUAUUGUGAGAAUCAGCCUAUGCUUCCUAUUGGCCUGUCAGACAUCCCAGGAGAGGCCAUGGUGAAGCUGUACUGCCCCAAGUGCAUGGACGUCUACACACCCAAGUCCUCCAGGCACCACCACACAGAUGGAGCCUACUUUGGCACUGGUUUCCCCCACAUGCUCUUCAUGGUUCACCCUGAGUACAGGCCCAAGAGGCCCGCCAAUCAGUUUGUCCCAAGGUUGUACGGGUUCAAGAUCCACCCCAUGGCCUACCAGCUGCAGCUGCAAGCAGCCUCCAGCUUCAAGAGCCCCGUCAAGGCCAUCCGCUAGAAGACAGAUGAAGAGGAAGAGGAGCAUGGAUUUGUAGAGAGAGAGAGAGAGAGAGAGAGAAGACAGGAAAUAAUUAUUGUCAGAUGGGGGAGAGGUCACCUGCAUUUUACAAAGCUCUUCAGAUGUCCCCUCCCCACCCUGAAGACUGUAUUAUUUUGGUUUAGUUUAGGGCAAAUGAAAACAAAAGUGUAAAGAUUUUUGAGUGUGAGUGAGACACAAGAACGUACAGCCAUGAUCUUCACCACAUACACGUGCACACACACACACACACACACACACACACACACAAACAAACACACACACUUGCAGUCACACACUUGGGAUUCCAUGCACGUACCUUACCAAACUCAUCAGUGCCAAAAACAGGAGGUGAGGUAAGAGGAAGCUGAACAAUACAGGGGCUCCAUGCUGCUGCUUUAUGAGCACACUGAUAAGGAAAAUUAUUCUAUCGUUGGGUGACACUACAGGAUCUGUAGAAAGAGUUUUAAUGUACGGGGCUGUUACAUGAGACAGAAAGCUUAAAAAAAAAAAAAGAAAGAAAGAAAAAGUGCAAUGUUUGGUCAGUUUUCACCUCUGGCUCUGUGGUUUUUUUUCUGUAUUUGGCACAGUUUGGUAAAGAGUGGUGGUAAACCCUCCGUCAUUGGAAGCCUGCCUCCUCUCCCCGUUAGCCCCCUCCCCACCCCCCUCAACCCCCAGUGCAUGUACACUCAGGCUGGCACUCGCAGAGACAGUUUGGACGGGUGUUUUUCUGUAUCACUCGUUUGUAAAAAGAAGAACAAGAAGAAAAAAAAAAUUUGGUUGCUGUUUCUGUCUGAUGUUUUGUGGUGUUGUUGCUGUUUUCACGCAGCGCAAAGCAUUCUGUUAAAUUUGCCUUAAGAUGCAGCGAAAACACCCAGAUGGUGUGAUUGUUCUUAGAAGAGUCUUUAUUUCCUCUGCUGUUAAAGGACGUGUAAUAGAAAUAGAUCAAACUAACAUGAACUUCUGAACUGUUCAGACAAUUUGUAAUCAAGCCUGUGUCAUUUCUCCAGCUGUCUGUGCGCGUGUCAAACAACUGUCUUUAUUGGUACCCAAGUGAGAAUAUAACUUGUGCUACGUUUUUUUUUUUCCCGCGAGACCCCUCUGCAGCAGCAGCCCACCCACCCCCACACCACCACCACCACCACCACCACCACCUUCCCCUCAUUGCUCCAUCUCCCGUAAAGAAAUAGUUUUUGGAAAUGCGUUUACUUCCUGGCAGAGAGUUAAAGAAAAAGAUUGAUACCACUCAUUUCUGUGACGUAAAUAUGAAGCGACUGCUAGCAGCCAGUUAGCUUAGCAUAAAGACCGGAAACAGGAGGGAAACAUAGCCUGGCUCUGUUCACAGGUAACAAAAUCCGCUUAACAGCACCUCCAGAGUUCACUAAUGAACAUGUUUCGUCUUGUUUGUUUAAUCCAUACAAAAACACGUAUAAACACAAGUUGCGGUGUUACAGGGGACUUCAGGAAGUUACUUUGUCCGAGCCAAGAGAUAGUUUGGCACAUAAACCCCUGAAACACUGCAACUUUCAGGUCUUGUACAGAUUAAACAGAAGAGGUGUAAUGUGUUGAUUAGAGGUGCCGGUAGAUUGACUCUCGUUACCUUUGGACUAGAGCUGCAACGAUUAAUCAAGUGAUUGAGAGAAAAUUAAUCUACAACUAUUUUGAUGAUCGAUUAAUCAUUUUGUCAUUUUUUUUCUAAGAAAAAAAUAUGCAAAAACACUCUGGUUCCAGCUUCUUAAAUUGGAAUACUUACUGGUUUCUCAAAACAUUUUAGGUUGUAGCUUGGGAGACAGUGAUCAACAUUUUCCACCAUUUUCUGACAUUUUAUAGAUCAAACGAUGGAUUAAUCGAUAAUGAAAAUAAUCGUUAGUUGCAGCCCUAUUUUGGACAGAGCGACAGUCUUUAUGCUAAGCUAAACUAAACUGUCUUCUGAUCCUAGCCUUUAUAUUUAGCGUACAAACACGAGCAUGUUUUUAAUCUUCCCAUCUAACUCUUAAGCGUAUUUCCCAAAACGUGGAACUAUUUGUUUAAAGAUCAAGGAGGAGACUCAGAGAAAGAGGAAUUUAGACAAUCUGAAUCCUUUGGCUCACUCCACCACUGCACUGAUUCUACUGGUGUCUCUCCACCGCACAGUCUCAUUAUUUAUGUUCAGGUUUAGAGACAAACAGACCACCAGCCGCUUUUUUUUUUUUUUUUUUCUGUUUCUGAAACAUCGGGGCAGAUACACACAUACACACUGCCCUCCCUUCACUCCCUCUCCUGUCUACUUUUGAGUUUGUGUGAUUGGAAUAGGUUUUUUUUUUUCGUUUUUUGGAUUUCAUGAUACAAGAGAAUCGGUAUUUAUGUGUCCAGAUUUUAACUAAUGUUUGUCCAUGUCGUUGUCGUUGUCUUUCUGCUACUGUGGAAGGGUGAGCAGGAUUCAGAAUUCUCAAUAAACUUCUAUUUUCUUUUCAUA